GUUUCGCUCCAAAGCAACUUGCCCAAAAGCACAUUCACCAAGUACACGUUCUCCGCUUCCACGUUCUCCCGCCAAGUUCCUAUCGAACGACAGUUCGUGCCACGUGUUCCGAGUUCCGACAGUUCGGCGGAAAAAAACCGGUUCAGUGUACGUGGUUCAAGGGAGAAGCAGCUUCAGAGAUAGAGGAAGAAAGAGAGAAAGAAAUAAGGAAGAAAGAUGGCCGCCACCACCGUAACCGAACACGUGUUGUUCGACUUCGAGGUUAGCGACGUGUUCCAGAAUGAGUUCAACGACAACCUCUACAAUCUGAACAUGUCACAAGACAAGGCUGUCAGACCCGCCAGCAAGAGCAGACGCAUACUGAAGCCAUUAAAGCCUUUGCUGCGAAUGCUGAAGAAACGCACCAGCAAGUAUACCAAGAGCAACAAGCGUCAGCAGGCCGUGCCACAAAUUGAAAUCUUCACCGAGGAGGUCGACAAUCAGAACAAUGCCAACGAGACGUUAGAAUGCAGACUCCUGCAGGAGCUGCGAGAUGCCGAAGAGGGUGCCGCCAUCACUGUCUGUCUAGACGGACAGAUGACCGUCGUGCCGGUUGUGCCUGGUCAGUGCUACGUGCCGGUGCAUUUCGCCCACACCCACGCCGGCGACUUCUACUGGACGACACUCAGCAUGGCAGACAGAGACCUGUGCUACAAGGAGCGCGCAUUCUCGCAGCAUCAGCUUCCCGAGGUGCAGGUAGCGUGAGACAUCAUCGUUGAGGACAACCGCGUCUACCUCAAAGGCGAAUCGUUCGAGAGCUGAUUACUCGAGAUGCACUAAACUUCGAGAGCUUUCAAGGCCGAAGACUGCAAUCAUCAGCCGAGGUGCGGGACGAGAGCUUCAAUAACAUUUCGAAACUGUGAUCACUAGAUUAUAUAGAUUUUAAUUUUAUGUCACAUUGACAUGCAACUGACUGACCGAGAUGAGCAUUCCUUGUAGAUGUAAUGACAAUUGAGGAAAUGUCAAAGAGAGACGUAUUUUAUAUUUUUUCUUCCUUCUCUUUUUUUGCGACACAUUAGUCGCGUUUGUGAUAUUUGUACUUAUAACAUAUACUUAUAUAUACACAUUUGUAGUAUUAUUUUGAGAAUGUGAUACUGGCUUUAAUGUCGGCAAGCCGACAGUUUUCUUUAUGU